GCUGAAGCUUGCUCUGUGCCAAGCCGAAGUCGAGGGUUUUGGGGCAAAAAUAUGGUGAAAGGGCAGUUCUUCCCCCGACGCUAGGCCGCUGUCAAUUCGCCAACGGCGUUUGGCUUCAAUUCUUCUUGCGCAUUCGGUACUAUGGUGGUAGAAAGAUAGAAAUUGGGCUACGGACCUGGGUAGCCGCUGCUCGUUUUGGUACACGACGUUGUGAUCGACACCUGGGCACGCUUCACCACCUGCAACUUCGUUAUAAGGCGGGGAAGCUGUUCUCCUGUUUCCCUUUCCUCCUCAUAUCCCCCUCACAGCUUGGCCACCAUGGCGAGUCCUCUGGAAGACGUGUAUUGCACACUCCUCAUGAGCGACUCUUAUCUCCCUGGCGCCGCCGUGCUUGCUCACUCCUUGCGAGAUGCAGGAACGAAGAAGAAGCUGGCAGUUCUCGUCACGCUGGACACGCUGUCUGCGGAUACGGUGGAAAAGCUCAGAACGCUCUACGACUUUUUGAUACCUGUCCAACAUAUACGGAACCCUAUUCCCGCGAAUCUGUAUUUGAUGGGACGGCCCGACCUUGCGUUCUCGUUUACCAAGAUUGCACUAUGGAGACAGACCCAGUUCCGGAAAAUUGUAUACCUCGACGCGGACAUGGUCGCGCUCAGAGCUCUCGACGAGCUGUUUGAUCUCGAUGCCGAUUUCGCCGCUGCUCCGGACAUUGGCUGGCCUGACGCGUUCAACUCGGGUCUCAUGGUCGUGACGCCAAACAUGGGCGACUAUUGGGCGUUGGAGACAAUGGCUGCGGCUGGUGACAGCUUUGACGGCGCGGACCAAGGUCUUCUCAAUCAAUACUACCAGCACCGCAACUGGCAUCGGUUGAGCUUCACCUACAAUUGCACGCCCAAUUCAGAGUACCAGUGGGAGCCUGCUUACCGUUAUUACAAGUCCAAUAUCAGCGCCGUGCACUUCAUUGGCAAAGACAAGCCGUGGAUGGACGGCAAGAAAGCGCCCGGAGGACCAGGAGUAUACAGUGAACUUGUGGCACGGUGGUGGGCGGUGCAUGAUAAACAUCUCAAGGAAACCAAGCGAGAGCCACAGCCGUAUCUUUAUUCCGGAGUUUCACCUGCUGGACAAGCCCCGAUUCCUGAUAUUGUUAUCGAACCCGAGGCACCCCCUGAAGCACCACUUACGACCACUGAGCUCCCUUUCUCUGAGCCUGGCGAACCGGCAGAGAACCUUCUACUUGGGAUAGUAGAGCCGACUCCAACCGUGGAGCAACGCAGGUUCUCUGCACCACAGAUGGAAUGGGACGCUACCAUAUCCGCCCCGCCCCCUGAGUCGAGACCGGAAGCCGCAAACUUCCCUCAAGAGAUAUAUGAGUUCAACGAGAGCCGCGAGUUGUUCCACGCACCAAAAUCGUACCCUGAGCCUCCAAAAGAUAUGUGGUACAAAGUCCCAGAUACCAAACCCACGCUGUCUGAGACGCCAAAGCCCAUCUUCCCGUGGGAGCAGAUCCCCGACCGACCGAAGCCCACUCGCAUCUUCUCAGUAGAUACAUCUCCGUUGCCGACUCCUGAAGCGAUGUCAAACCCGACGGCUCCGGCUCCGGCUCCGGCUCCAGGCCCCGCUUCAGGCCCAACCCAUGCCCUGGCGGAGGCUCCGGCUCAGGCACCUGCUCCAACGCAUCCAUUUUCUACUGUCCACUACGAAGGAGCAGAGACAACGUCAAAGCCGGGAGAAGGAGCAGAAACGACAGCUUCUGCCAGUCCUGAACCAGCUUCUACCCCGAAAAUGGCUGACGCGUUCCAUCAGAGCGGUGUUAACGCUUGGGAUUCUGUGCCAGGGAUUGAGCAUUAUGUGCGCGCUAUAAUGAACUCACACAGCCGACGGGCGAAGCCCCAAGUUCUGUACUCAAGCGGAAGCCCCGAGGAGCUCGUAUCUGACGGUAGUGGUAAAGGCCGUCGCGAAAGCGUGCUCAUUACUGAUUUUCCAUCUGAAGUCGAACGACCGAGCCUCCCCGUGACGCCAGCACCCCGCCCUACUGUGUGGCGCAAGGACAAGGAUGCAGCGUUUGAGCUGCCAGAGGCUGAAGGAGUUCCGGAUCAAGCUGAGUGGGUACGUUUUGAAUGUCCCCAAUGUGGAUUUCAAUCUGCUCGCAUUGAAGACUUCUACCGCCCUGGCCAUGAUUACCCCAAUAUUCCUACCGUCGCCCCUGUCCAUGAUACUUCUUCACUCCUUCCGCAAAGCCCUGCGAAACUUGAGGCUCCAGGAGGAACAGAAUCAUCGAGAGCCACCGCUUCUGAGAAACUGUCGGUUCCACCCGAACGUAAAUAUCGGAGCGGUACUAGUGCUCGCGGAGCGCCUCUUGCAUCGCUGACAGAUCCUUCAUUGCUGGCACCGUCACCUAGCUCCGAUCCCUCCGUGCCAUCAUCUUCUGCAUCCAUUGUCGCAUCUACGCUAUGAUUGCUUUACAUGGUAAUCGUCUUGGAUUGUGCGUACACGGAUGCUGACUUUACAUGCUACAAGAAUCCGCAGGAAAGGCUCGAGCAACUGCGACGAUCAUCCCUCCUCGAAUUCGAACACCUGAAGGCGCCGGUACAUCCAGACCCCCCGUUGCGAGAAUUACCGGAGCAUUCGGUGCCAACUCCUGAGGAAUUGCGUGUCUUGCGGCAAACCAGUCAUGAGGAAACGUCCGAUGACAGCCAAGAGAAGGCCCCCAAGCCCAGGAAUGCCUCUGUCUCCAAGCCACUGCUGAAAGAGCCGGACUUUGGCGAGCCCGCCACGCGUGUGGUAUCUGACGACAACAUCAGUCCCACACAGACACGGCA